AUGCCCGUCUGCCCGUCCGUCCGUCCAUCCGUCUGCCUGUCCGUUCGUCCGUCUGCCAGCCCGCACGUCUGCCAGCCCGUCCGUCUGCCCGUCCGUCUGCCCGUCUGUCCGUCCGUCCACCCGCCUGUCCGUCCGUUCGCCCGUCCGUCUGCCCAUCCGUCUGCCUGUUCCUCCGCCCGUCCGUCUGUCUGCCUCUCUGUCUGCCCGUCCGUCCGUCUGUCCGUCUGCCUGUCAGUCGGUCUGCCCGUCCCACUGCCCGUCCGUCCGUCUGCCCGUCCUUCUGCCCGCCCGUGCAUCUGCCCAUCCGUCUGCCAGUCCGUCCGUCUGCCACCGGCCUUCCGUCUGUCUGGCCGCCCAUCCAUCUGCCCGCCCGUCCGUCUGUCCGUCAGUCUACCCGUCCGUCCGUCCGUCAGCCCGUCCGUCCGUCUGUCCAUCCGCCUUUCCGCCCACCCGCCCGUCUAUCCACCUGUCCGUCCACCCGCCAGUCCAUCCACCUGCCGGUCCGUCCGUCCACCCGCCAGUCCGUCCAUCCACCUGCCAGUCCGUCCACCCGCCCGUCCUUCUGCCUAUCCAUCCAUUUAUAUGCCUGUCCGUCUGCCCGUCCGUCCGCCCGUCUGUCCUUCCCUUCCAUCCGUCCGUCUGCCAGCCUGCAAGUCUGCCAGACCGUCCAUCUGCCCCUCCGUCCGUCUGCCCGACCGUCUGUCCGUCUGCCCCUCCGUCCGUCUGCCCGACCGUCCGUCCCUCUGCCCAUUGGUCUGUUCAUCUGCCUGUCCGUCCAUCUCCCCAUCCUUCUGCCCGUCCGUCCAUCUGCCCGUCCGUCCGUCCGUCUGUAGCCCGCACGUCUGCCAGCCCGUCCGUCUGCCCGUCCAUCAGUCCGUCCGUUCUUCCGCCCGUCCGUCUGCCCGUACUUCUGCCCGUCCGUCCGCCCGCCCGUCCACCCACCAGUCCAUCUGCCCGCCCAUGCAUCUGCCCAUCCGUCUGCUCGUCCAUCCGUCCUUCCACCCAUCAGUCUGCCAGGACGUCCGUCUGCCCACCUGCCUUCCGUCCGUCUGGCCGUCCGUCCAUCUGCCCGCCCGUCUGUCCGUCCGUCCGUCAGUCCACCCGUCCGUCCGUCUGCCCAUCCAUCCGCCUUUCCGCCCGCCCGCCCGUCCAUCUGCCUGUCCGUCCACCCGCCGGUCCGUCCGUCCACCCGCCAGUCUGUCCACCGGCCGGUCCGUUCGUCCACCCACCGGUCCAUCCAUCCACCCGCCAGUCCGUCCACCCGCCCGUCCUUCUGCCUAUCCAUCCGUUUAUCUGCCCGUCCUUCUGCCCAUCCAUCCGUUUAUCUGCCCGUCUGUCUGCCCGUCCGUCCGUAUGCCCACCCAUCCAUCUGCCCGUCUGCCCAUCCCUCUGCCGGUCCGUCCAUCUCCCCGUCCAUCUGUCUGCCCGUCCGUCCGUAUGCCCACCCAUCCAUCUGCCCGUCUGCCCAUCCCUCUGCCGGUUUACUGA